AAUAAAUAAUGAUUAAAAUACUUAAUUAAACGGGUAUGUGAGAAACCGACGAUGUUAUAAAAAAAAGAGUGAACUGUAAGCACAAGUUGGUGUCCAUUGCGAUUAUGUAAAGCAGACAAUAUUCUGUGAUUUAACAAAUUAUUCCACGUUUAUUUAUGUUCCCAUCGUGAAUUUUUUUAAUAUAACUUCACUUUUUAUCUCAUCUCUCUGACUUUUGACUGUCUCAAGUCGCGUCUCUGUCAUACAAACGAUAUCGAAAAAUUGAAAAGACAGCUGAACUCGUUUCGAACACUACAAUAAUUAUUAUGAAUUUAACGAAACGGUUCACUGACAAACAUAAUUAUUAGCUUUAAGUUUAAUGAAAAUAGGAUUAGAGAUGAAAUUCAUCUCUUCUUAUAUUAAGUUUAUGAUUUAUUAAUAUAAGUCUUAUGUAAUUUAUCGUUUUAUUUUUCAAACCUUGAACGACCUCGCUGGGACUGAACCGAAAAUGUUUUCGAAUCGCAUGACCGCAAUCGUGCGGCUGGCUGCACAGCAGCAGCAGCAGCAGCAGCAACAACAGCAACGAGGCAUGGCGACUUUGAAGGCGAUUUCUAUAAGAUUGAAAUCAGUGAAGAACAUUCAAAAGAUCACCCAGUCUAUGAAGAUGGUGUCUGCGGCGAAAUACAACAGAGCUGAGAGGGAUUUGAAGCAAGCGAGACCACUCGGAGUCGGUUCAAAGCAGUUUUACGAACAGGCGGAAAUCCAAGCACCGCCAGAAAUGGAAAAGAAACUCGUAGUCGCUAUUACGAGCGAUCGUGGUUUAUGCGGAGCCGUGCACACGGGAGUUUCCCGUAACAUCAGAGAUGCACUUUUAGCUGAUCCGAAGGAGCGCGAGAAUACAAAGAUUAUAUGCGUCGGGGAGAAAUCGCGAGCGAUAUUGUCACGUUUGUUCGCUGGUAAUAUAUUAUUCGUCGCUUCUGAGGUCGGCCGCAAGCCGCCGACGUUCAACGACGCUGCCAAAGUGGCGAUCGAAAUCAUGAACAGCGAGUACGCUUAUGGUUCUGGCCGCAUCGUGUACAACCGAUUUAAGUCCGUGGUAUCGUACGCCGUGGACCAGCUGCCUCUGUUCGACAAGAACGCAGUUGUCACUGCCCCUAAAAUAUCGAUUUACGACUCGCUGGACGAGAACGUGAUUCAGAGCUACUUAGAAUUCUCCUUGGCGUCUUUGUUGUUCUAUUCGAUGAAGGAAGGAGCCUGCAGCGAGCAGUCGAGUCGCAUGACUGCUAUGGACAAUGCCAGCAAGAAUGCGGGAGAGAUGAUAGAUAAACUGACUUUGACUUUCAAUCGCACUCGACAGGCUGUAAUUACUAGGGAACUGAUUGAAAUUAUCUCCGGUGCCGCUGCUUUGGAUUAAAGAGCGAGGGAACCAGCAGCAUAGUGUUGCGACGUAGAUUUAAAAUUGGCUACCUUGCGAUCAGGCACUCGAGUCCAGCAAUAUUUAUGAAACGUGGAAAUAAACUUGUUAACAAACACAUUUUGUUGCAAUUGUGAUUAAAACUGCCAAAUAAAAUCCA